AUGAGGUACCUCUUUCUGCUCACCUUUUUAGUAGUACCUUCCUCCUCAGCAGCCGAGAGGGUGAAACGGCAACGUGAGUUAAAUUCUGAUAGUUAUUGGAAGUUUUUCAAUUUUUUGAUUUACUCAAUGGAGACUACGGACUUUCAAACAUCUGUCUUUUUGAGAUUUGAGACCAAAAAAAUACCAAGAUUAAAAUGGAAAAAGGAAAAAAAGUUUUUCAGUAUCGAUCGAUGAUUUGAUAUCCGGAGCACUGAGUCUGGUUCGACCGAUAUUCGACACUUCUAAGCCGAUACAAAAUGACUUCAUGUUGAAAAAACCAGUAAAUUUUUGCUUUAAACUAUCAAGAUAAACUCAAAUUUCUGCAACUAGAACUUCAGGACGCUCCAACGCAAGACGAUAUGAGAGACACGUCGAUUUUGGGAUCGCGUGGUCUUACGGCGCUGGACGACUUGCCGCUUUGCAAAGGCAAUAGCGGGUAAACCAUCGAGAUCAAUCUUUCCCAACUACUUCGUUCAGAAUAUGUCGAUUCAUCUCUUGUUCGGCUGAGAACUUCAAAAAAGAUCCAACUUUCGGUAACAUCCAAUUGGCAGCGCAAGUUUUGGGCGACGCCAAAUUGCGUAAAGCGAUCAGUGGGUGCGUUUCUGUAAUCAUUUUACCGAUAGAUUCAAGUCAUUUCACUUAGAACUGGGUAACUCAAUAAAACUAGAUUAAUGAAUUAACUCACUGAACUUUAAUUUCGAGUUCUCAAACCGCCUUUUUUUGAUAUUUUUGCUAUUUUGAGAAGAUAUUUUUUCAGAAAGUUAUCGAGCAUAUGUCAAGCUCUAAACACAGUUUCUAGGGAUUCAAUAGAGAAAAAAAUUAUAUUUAUAAGAAAAAAACCUUCUUAUAAGUUUUUUUAUUUGAGUUUUUUUGGUUUAACAGUGAUGCUGACAAUUAUAUAUGAAAUAUUAUCGAAUAUUGAAUCAAUCAAUUAUUCAAGAAAUCCGGAGACAGUGGCCGCCGUGUGCAAAGAACAAGGAAUGGACGACGCCCAGUGCAAACUUUUCUCCAAAGGCUUCCAGUUCAUUGAUAAGCGAGAAAACUCUUGAGCGAUCCUAGUUUGACUUGGAAAUUUUCAGAUUCAUCACAACUAUCGAAAAGCCAUCAGAUGGAUCCACGAAACCGGAAAACAAACCAUUAGUUGCAACGACGACCCCGACUGUUCCCGAGGCUCCUCUAAUGGAUGAGCCUAUGACGAAAAUGACUGUUGGAGAUUCACCGGUAUUCUUUGAAAGUUUUCAUGUUUUUUUUCUGAAAUUCUGAUUGCAGAGCUGGAGUGAUUAUGAUAUGCUUCCGCCGGCGUCACCGGCAGCUCCUGGAAGCUCUAACUCGAAAUCUCUGGGUUCAAAGACCUGGAGCACCAAUCCGGAGACAAGUCUCUUUCUGGUGUACGUUUAGAAAAAAAAUUGAUGAAUUUUCAGGACCACUCCAACCUCUGGAAAUCCGGAACGAUCUCGUUUCAAGCUGGACGCCAGUCCCAUUAUUCGCACCUCCAACUGUUCCUCCAACUCCUCCUUUGGCUUUCAAAAUGGUCCCAUCUCUAAUAAUGCCUCCCAUUCAACUCCCUUCUUUGGAGAAUGGCAUUUUCUUCUCAACUGACAAAUUUCCUUUCAGUAUCAAGGUGAGAGAAUAUUACAUUCUGUACAAAUUUAAGCAAGAGCUCAUGAGAUCUUAAAAUGGAAAAUCAGUUCAUUCAUAUUCGUCACAGGAAGACAAUUCGAUAAGACGCUUGAGACGCGGAGCUGACUACUACGACCAACUGGAAACUUCUUCGAAAGGUAGUCCGAGUUUUUGUCUAAGAACAAGAAUUUCAGUCAUUCGAAAAUGUUUGGUUCGCUUGAUGGAAAACUUAUUUUUCAAAAAGUUCAAAGAAAUACUUGGGUUUAUUAUUUUCCGUGUAUAAAAAACUUCAGUUUUUUCUCGGUGUAAUGCCAAAUAAUCCUGAUUUAUUUCAGCAUCAAAAAAGUCUUCAAAGAUGACUGAGACUGGAGACGACUACUACGGCGGACUGGAGCAAGAAAGCGCGGAAGACAAAAAUGGCGAGAAAUCAGGCGUUUUGAAACAAUGCGUUCACCUACUCGGACUUGGAGUUUGA